AUGGAUGAGAGGUGGAGAAACAUUUGGAAUCUUGAGGUUCCAAAUGUAACAAAGCUAUUUUUGUGGAAGGCUGGAAAUAACCUACUGCCUACAAAGGAGAAUUUGUUUAAAAGAAAGGUAGUUGAAGACAAAAGAUGUCCAGUUUGUAGUGCAGAAACAGAAACUAUUAUGCAUGCUUUAUGGGUUUAUCCAGCAACCAAUGACAUAUGGGCUGAGGUUAGAGGUUGUGUGCAAAAAUGGGGUAGAAUAGAAGAGGAGUUUCUGUUGUUAUGGGGAAAGUUAAUGGGAAGGUUGAGCAUGAAGAAGUUAGAAGAUAUGAUAGCUUUAAAAGGUUUACUCGAGUUCAAGGCAGCUCAGAUUCUCACAAAACAAGUGGUGAAAGGGCAAAACAGUAAUUCAAGGAGUGCUAUGAGAUGGGAGAAACCAGAGAGUGGAUGUGUGAAUGUGAACUGGGAUGCUUCAUUAAACUUGAAAGAGAGAAGAAUGGGGGCUGGGAUCAUAGUUAGAGAUGAGAAGGGAAAAGCUAUAGUUGUUGUUUGUGAUCAGAAGGCCAAUGUUGACAAUCCAAUGGUGGCAGAAUGUUUUGCUUUGAGGAUGGUUGUAGAGCUUUGCAGUGAACUUAAUAUACACAAGGUUGUUUUUGAAGGAGAUGCAAGAAUUAUCAUAGAGGCAGUGCAAAGUUUUGAAGAGGAAAGUUCUUUAAAGUUGUCGAGGCUUGUUGAUCCAAAUCAGUUGGUUGAUUUGUAUUGGUAG